AAACAGAAAAAGAAUAAAUAAAAUCCCAAUUUAUUUUGAUAAGAAUCAUGCUCGUAUUUUAAAAAAUUCGAAUCUGCUACCGAUGAUACGUAAAAGACUUAUUCUAACCUGAUGAGUCUCUCGGUUGCAACUCAACUAAACUUUUAAACAAGAAAAAAAUAAAAAUAAAAAUCCCCGUUUUGGAUUGGGAAUAUUUUAGUGCAGAGAAGACCAAACCACAGAAUUUGUGAUGUUCCACUACUAGUACUGGGAAUGGAGGAGCAGACUUUUGUUUCCAAAGCGAGAACCGCCUUUCAUUCCGCGGCGGCGAAAGCGGAGCGUGUUCUCUUGGAUUUCAAAUCCGAUCGAGCAUUGACUCAAUUUGUUGACCGUCGUGAAGAAGAUCACGAUAAGCAAUCGUCGCCAAACACCUUCACCGGCCAACAACCAGAAGCUGAAUCUCCUCACACCAACGAAAACGAUUCCAAGCUUCGUAGUGAAUUGAAGCAUAUAAAGUGGAGGCCUCCACAUUUAGGAAUAAAGCAGGAUUGGCAGGAUAGAAUAAAGAACAUCCGUAGAGGGAGAAAAGAAGUUGAAGAUACAGAUAAAGUUGGGGAUGCAAGCAUGGCAGUUCCUUUUUAUGACGAUAAUUUGUACCUCCUGAACAUGAAGAAUGAUCUUGAGGCCAAGGCUUCAGAAGCAAUUCCCUCAGUUGAAAGCUUAACUGCUGCAACUAAAGAUCCCAUUCCUCCAUCAUCUGUGCUAAAGCAAUUGGCUAUAGCUGUUGAGGCUGGAAGUAAGGCAAAGUCAAUGAAAGAUUUAAUAGCUUCAUCAGGAGUUUCUUCACCUGCUAGAGAGAGGGCAGGCUUAAGUUUCUCGGCAGUUAAGGCUUUAGUGCUACGUGAAAAGGAGGACAAACUUACAUCUGAGUUUACUAGCAAUGAGAAAGUUGUGCAGUUAAUUAAUUCUCUGUUUGAUCCAGAAGGAGAUUUCCUUAGAAGAAAGAUCAACUCUAAUCUAGAGGAAACUGCUAUGACAUCUUUGCCAAGAGAUAUUCAUGGUGCACCUCCCGAGAGCCUUGUUGUUAAGCUAGCUGAAAUCCUUGGAAACUACAAGACUCUUAGAAAAAUGGCUCUUUUCUGGUGCAGGGUUGUUGCUGAACUAAGAAAACUAUGGUCUGAGGAACAAUACUUACCAGGAGUCCCCCAGAAUGAGAUUCCUGAUCUGAAGUCAUGUCUUCUAUAUCAACAUUUUCAAGUAAUUAAUUGCUGCAUCUCUCGGAAAAGGUUCCGUAUUAUUGCCACCGAAUCUUUAGACUCUAUGAUGAUGCAAGCUAAUUCAGACAUAAAAGAAUCAACUGAUUGUUGCGCUGGAGCUCCUGCAAGCCCUGUUCUAUAUGCUAGAUUGAAUAGUGGGGAGCUUGUUCUUCGACUUGGUGCAGAUCAUCCUGCUGGAGAUAUGACAUUGUUGGAAACUGGCGAGCCUGUGUAUUCUCCAAUCACUCAGGAAGGACCUUUGCUUACAGAAGAUCUAAUCAGGGAAACAGAGGAGUUUGUGCUGCGGACAGGGAGUGUUGGUGCUGGGUGCUCUCAACUGCUCUCAGAUAUGCAAGCUUUCAAGGCUGCAAAUCCUGGAUGUAUCUUGGAGGAUUUUGUAAGAUGGUACUCUCCUCCUGAUUGGACAGAUAAUGAAGCAAGUACAGAGGAUAGUGAUGUUUUUGAUAGUGGGGAGCCAUUGUCUACCAGAGGUCAGCUAAGUCAGCGAAUGCAAAAAGAAGGUAAUUUGUGGCGUGAAUUGUGGGAAACAUCCAAACCAGUACCUGCUGUUAAGCAGGCACCUCUGUUUGAUGAGGAUUUGGCAUUGGAGGGCAUCCUCAAUGCAUUUGAAGACAUCCAUCCAUCUGAUCUUUUUGGACAGCUGUUUGUUUCGUUACUUGGUUUAGGAUUUGCAAUUGCCGAACCUAUGCUGUCUAGUAACAGUGACUUCUCGAAGUUAUUCUAUGACUGCAAGGAGUACAUAAUUGUUGCUUGUCAAAACAACAAAUUGAAUGAGAAAGUUGAUGAUCUUGUUCAGGUAUAUGAAACAGUGGAGAAAAUGUUAUUGGAUCCUGAAGAAGCUCUAAAGAUGAUUAGGCAGACAGAGGAAUCAACAAUGGUUACCGGUGAACCAAGGAGCCCGUUUAGGACGCUUAGCCUUAUCUUUGGAGGCAAAGAUAAAUUAUUGAGGAAGUCUGUCUCAAAAGAUCAGACAAACGACGAAGAGAAGUCAGGUCGGCAGUCAUUCUCUAGUUUCUUUGACAGCAAGUCAUCUUUGUUUGGAAAGAAGCCUCCCAAGUCUGGGUUCCCAUCUCCUUCUGCUAAAUCUUCAAUCGAUACUGGUUGGACAGUUGUUUAGACAAAUUUCAUCUUCCGCUGUGUUUAUUGAGGAUAAGCAAUAUUUUUGGGUUCCCCCUCCCCCUGAAGAGUGCAGAUAACUGUAAAUUUUCUCUAUUCUUUUGCCAGAUACUUGGUGGUUGUAUUAUGUAGAAAUUUUAAUUUAUACUUCAUUCUUUUUUAUUCGAGGGAAUUGAAGAUAUAGCUUUCGGGCCUUUAGUAAACAUUUUGUUUGUUCUACCUGU